AUGGAUGUUGAAACGUUCAAGAAGGAGAACGUCUUCACUCUGGUGUGUCACAAAGACACAUUCGUGGUCCAUCGGUCCAUCGUUUGCGAGCAAUCCACCAUCCUUAAUAAUGCCUACAAUAGCAGGCUAAAGGAAGGAUUAACCAAGCAAAUUGAAGUUCAUUUCGAAAAGGAGACCCUUCAGCACAUGUUAAACUAUAUGUACAGAGGAAAAUAUGACGGUCCCAGCCUGCAUUCACCGGAGCCUCGUGCUUGGGAUAAUUGGUUGGAGCAAGGAGAUAAGUCCCAACCAGUGAUUGAUUUAGAGGACUCCAAAACAGAACCUGAAUCGCUUCCUAUGUUCGAUAUGCUUCGGCCGCAUAUUCUUGUCAACUCCAUAGCCGACUACUACGAUGUUCCUGGACUGAAACAACAAGCCAAUGAAAACAUAAGCUAUAUACUGAAGCGUUCUUGA